UGCCACGCGCGCGUACGUACGAAUUGACAAAUAACACGCGUCGAUCGUGACAUCGAUCCGGUAACCUUCCUCCACGCGGGAAAUAUUUUGUGCCUCGUUGGAAACGGGCGGCGAAGGCUCACGGCGCGUCUCGACCAUUCCGAAUUUCCAGAACCGAUCAUCGCAAUCGGGGGGUGCCGUCGCCUGAAACCGGUCGCCACAUCACAGGGAUGCUCGCGGCGACAAUAAUCGCUUUUCGGUAAUGUCGCUUUGUCCGUCGUCGUCUCAUCAGCUUGUCGCGGCGGCGAUCGCUUUUCGACGUGCCCGCCGCAAAUUUCCGAAGGACUUCGGCCUCGAGAGCGUCGCCGAGCGCGCGCCCGGAAACAACACCAAGACGCAGGAAACCGCGACGAGCCGCGAAGGGCCCAUCAAUCAAGCGAGAUCGAGCUCCACGCUGGUGAGGCGCGCGUGCAACUCGAGAUCCGAUCACAUGUGUCCGGCGAGCGUGCGGAGUCGCGGCUACGAGCGUUUCCGCGGCAAGGAGACCUCGGUCGGCUGCAGCUGCCGCCGGACGGGAAACGUCGGCGAGGACAUUUCGGGGCUGCGGGACGAGUACAGCGGCGGAGAUGCGGUCGAUACCGUGCCGAGCAGAGAGUGCGGCGAGCCCGUGCCGUCCGGCGCCGAUCGUAAAAACGGAUUUGCGAAGCCGCCCGACCGGGACAGAUGCGAGGCGCGCGGGAGCGACGUCUCCGGCGAGAAAGCUCGACACAAAAGCUGGCGCGAUCAGAUGCGAGGCGAGAAUAGUCGAUUGUACGCGCGGCAGUGUUACUCGAAGGAGUAUUCUGGAAUAAUGCCCGCCUCUCGUGAGCGGAACGACGAGGAAUGUAGGGAGAAGAACGACGACGGCGAUGACGGCGAGGACGAGGACGACGACAGCGGCGUGGCUGUUAUCAAUCACAAGGACUCUAUGUGCAUCCUCGCUGAAAAAUAUAAAGCCGGCGGCAAGUGGCGCGGGGACAGGGACGAGUGUAACAAAUCGUUGACUUCGGAAAUCAUCGAUCAGCCGGAGUCGCCGGCCGAGAUCGCAAGCGCGGCUCCGCACGAGGGGCCGAGCGCGAAGCACGUUCGCCGUGCCGCGCGUUGCGAGAGCUGCGGAACCGCGGCGAUCACGGGGACGCGCGCUCGUGGAUGCGGCCGACACGCGUCGCCGGAGGGUGAAUUCGACCGAUUCGAGUCCCCUUCGAGCGAGGCAACUGCCGUCCGCCGCUGCUCAAGUCGCGCGCCUUGCAGACGUGCCUUCUAAUUCAAUUUCGU